AUGUCAACAGAAACACAGAUGGAAGAAAGCGGAAUGGCCGCCAUCAUCAGCGUGGAUGAGCUUCAGAACUACGGGAUUAAUGCGUCAGAUUUGCAAAAACUGAAAAGUGCAGGAAUUUUUAGCGUAAACAGCGUACUAUCUACCACCCGACGCAAUCUGUUGAAAAUCAAAGGUUUGAGUGAAGUCAAAGUUGAAAAGAUCAAAGAAGCUGCCGGCAAAAUCAUCCAGGUCGGGUUUAUCCCCGCUACGGUACAAGCCGAUAUUCGGAAACGCGUUUUCGCGAUCACUACAGGUUCAAAACAACUCGACAGUAUCUUAGGUGGUGGGAUCAUGACUAUGAGUAUUACGGAGGUCUUCGGAGAGUUUCGAUGCGGUAAAACCCAGAUGUCGCAGACGCUUUGCGUUACGGCACAACUUCCGCGCGACAUGGGCGGCGCGGACGGUAAAGUCGCUUAUAUUGAUACCGAAGGAACGUUUAGACCUGACAGAAUUAAGCAAAUAGCGCUACAGUACGAUCUAGAUCCAGACGUUUGCCUAGAAAAUGUGUCGUACGCGCGAGCCCUCAACAGCGAGCACCAAAUGGAGCUAGCGGAACAAUUGGGGAACGAAUUGUCUUCGGGAGAGUACAGGCUCUUAAUAGUGGACUCAAUUAUGGCCAACUUCAGGGUUGAUUACUGUGGAAGGGGAGAGCUGAAUGAGCGUCAGCAAAAACUCAAUCAACAUUUGUCACGUCUCAACAGAAUCGCUGAGGAAUAUAAUAUUGCAGUUUUCAUGACAAAUCAAGUACAGUCAGACCCCGGUGCGUCUGCUUUGUUUGCAAGCGCAGAUGGUAGGAAACCAGUUGGCGGGCAUGUGCUAGCGCAUGCAAGUGCGACCCGAAUCCUGCUACGAAAGGGAAGAGGGGAUGAAAGAGUCGCCAAAUUGCAAGACAGUCCCGACAUGCCCGAAAAGGAGUGUGUCUAUGUAAUCGGUGAGAAAGGUAUAACCGAUUCGACUGACUAA